AGGCUGCGGAGAUGUGCGCGGCGGGGAGGCGCUGGGGUCGGCAGGCGCGGGCCCUGCUAUGCUACGUCCUGCUGUUGGCGUGGGAGGCGGCGUGGGGGCAGCUGCACUACUCGGUGCCCGAGGAGAUGCCCAAAGGCUCCUUUGUAGGCGACGUGGCCAAGGACCUGGGGCUGCAGCUGACAGCGGUCACUGACAGUGGCGUCCGACUUCUCUCUGAGGGUAGGACGCAGUAUUUCUCUCUUCACGGGAAGACGGGACAUUUGGUGACUGCGGAAAGGAUAGACAGAGAACAGCUGUGCGAAGACGAGCAGCAAUGCGUGCUGCGGUGUGAGCUGAUAGUGGAGGGAGAAAUGAAGGUUUAUGAAAUCGCAGUGGAAAUUGCGGACAUUAACGACAAUGCCCCCAGCUUCCGAGAGGCAGAAAAAGAACUGAGAAUGAGCGAGGUGGCAGUCCCGGGAUCUCGGUUUCCCCUGGUUGAGGCUCACGACCCGGAUGUGGGGACAAAUUCCCUGCAGAGCUACGAGGUGAGCGGCGACGAGCAUUUCUCGCUGGCCGUGCAGGCAGGCCCCGGCGGCGAUCAGCGUCCGGAGCUGGUACUGGCCAAGGCGCUGGACCGGGAGGACGCGGCGUUUCACGAUCUGGUGCUGAGGGCAAGGGACGGCGGGAAGCCUCCACGCACGGGCACAGCGCGGAUCCGCGUGGUCGUGCUGGACGCGAACGACAACGCUCCCGUGUUUAGCCAGGCGGAGUACACGGUACGUGUGCCUGAGGACGUACCCCUGAGCUCCACCCUCGUCGCUGUCACGGCCACUGACGCCGACGAGGGGCUGAACGGGCACGUGAAAUACUCGUUGAAGAAAAUCACAGAGAAAGCCUCGAAGAUUUUUCAUCUGAACAUCGAGACAGGAGCGAUCACACUUAAUCGGAGCUUAGACUUUGAGCAGGGAAACUACUAUGAACUGGAAUUGCAGGCAGAAGACGGUGGUGGACUUACUGACACUGCGAAAGUUGCUAUCACAGUGACAGAUGUCAAUGACAACACGCCCCAGAUUUCAGUGCGUUCGUCACUAAGCGAGAUUUCUGAGGACACCCCGUCGGGGACAGUGGUGGCCCUGCUCCACGUGCAUGACCGCGACUCGGGGGACAACGGCCAGGUGCGGUGCUCGCUGGAUCCUGGCGUCCCUUUCCGCCUGCAGAGUUCCCAGGGGAGCUACUACAGCGUGGUGACAACGAAGGAGCUGGACCGGGAGGAGGUGUCGGAGUACAACGUGACGGUGAGGGCGGCCGACGGCGGGUCGCCGCCCCUGUGGAGCAGUACGGUGCUGACCCUCAGGGUGCUGGACGUGAACGACAACGCGCCGGUGUUCAGCGAGGCGAGCUACAGCGCCCGGCUGCCCGAGAACAACGCGGCGGGCGCGCUGGUGCUGACGGUGCGGGCGCGGGACGCGGACUGGGGUCAGAACGCGCGCGUGCGGUACCGUCUGGGCGAGGGGCGGGUGCGUGGCGUGGCGCUGUCGUCGUACGUGUCGGUGCAGGCGGAGACGGGCGCGCUGUACGCGCUGCGCUCCUUCGACUACGAGGAGGUGCGCGAGGUGGGGCUGUGGGUGCUGGCGGAGGACGGCGGCUCGCCGGCGCUGAGCAGCAACGUGUCGGUGCGGAUCGUGAUCGUGGACGAGAACGACAACGCCCCGCAGGUGCUGUACCCGCCGGCGGCGGGCGUGUCCGGGUCCGGUGUCCGUGGCUGGUCGGGGGUGGAGCUGGCGCCGCGGUCGUCGGAGCCCGGGGCGCUGGUGGCCAAGGUGGUGGCGGUGGACGCGGACGCGGGGCAGAACGCGUGGCUGUCGUACGAGCUGGCCAAGGCGACGGAGCCGGGGCUGUUCCGCGUCGGGCUGCACAGCGGCGAGGUGCGCACUGCGCGCUUCCCGCUGGCCCGCGACGCUGCCCGGCAGAGCCUGGUGGUGCUGGUGAAGGACCACGGCCGGCCGGCGCUGUCGGCCACGGCCACGCUGACCGUGGUGCUGGCCGAGAGCGUGGCCGAGCUGCUGGCCGAGCUGGGCAGUGAGGCGGCGGCGGCGGUGCCGGGCGAGGCGGCGGGCAGCCUGACGCGCUGGCUGGUGCUGGCCGUGGCGGCCGUCUCCUGCCUCUUCCUCGCCUUCCUGCUGCUGCUGCUGGUACUGCGCCUGCGGCGGUGGCGGCGCUCGCAGCUGCCUCCUCCGGCGGGCGGUGCCUUGCGCGGCGUCCCGGCCACGCACUUCGUGGGCAUCGAUGGCGUCCGCGCCUUCCUGAGCUCCUACUCACACGAGGUGUCGCUGACCGCCGACUCACGCAAGAGCCAUCUCCGCUUGUCACCCGGCAGCUGCUGCGACACUCUCCCUGCACGUCCUCUGCCCGACGAGCCCGUGCCGCUGCUGGGGGAGGACCCUGAUGGCACCCGCCCACACGACGCCGACGCUGCCCCGAUUUUAAAAAGAACAAGAAACUCUAAAGCUUCUAAAUACCUACCACAUUGCCUGGCCCUGCUGGUGGCGGCCAUCAGGCAGCUGCAGUGGCGUCGUGCCGCCUCCGGGUGUCACUGUUGCCCGACUGGUGCCGUGCUGGAGCCACUGCAGCAUUCGUACACCGGAGGCGGCUCGAUCAUUCAGCGCCGGCCAGAGCGGCAGCAGCGCGGGCAGCAGAGACAAGGGGAGGCGCGGAGCCGGGAGCAGUGGCGUCCGAACCGGCACCGAGAUCGCUAG